AUUAGUUGUUGAGCAAUCUUUAGAGAAGGAGUGUAAUGGUGCAUGGUGUAGAACAGCGCACCGUGCUUCUUUGACAAAUGCAGUGAUUUUUGAAAAACAGACGUUACGUUUUCCACCCUCGUGUCGUUAAAUACAUUUUAUUGUAACGUUUUAUUGUUACGUAGGUUAAUAUAAUGAAUGGUAAAUCUACGAACGGUACAGCAGGCAGUACACUGGCCUGCAUCGAAGGGCUACCCCCGUUGCCGAAGAGUCUAAGCGGAUUGCUGAAUUCGAGCGGCGGGUCCUGGAGAGAGAUGGAGAGGAUGUACGCCAAAAAGACCAUGAUCCAAGACGAUCUAAGCCGUGGCCGAAGCAAUGCUGACAAUAUGUUGGCGAAUAAACCAGCUAACCUGGAUGCAGCUCUGGCGCUUCUUAGAAAAGAGAUGGUGGGGUUGCGUCAGCAGGAUAUGUCGUUGCUGUGUCAGCUUUGGUCACUUCAUGAGUCAAUACAGGAGUAUAAAGGUAGCUGCCAGGACCUGAGUGCGGCGUCCAGUGCAGACGGACCUUAUGGGAUGGAGAAUGGCUACUUCGACGAAGAUGAGGAAUACUAUCAGGAUGGCAGCUUGAGCCCUACCGAGCAACCAGAUGCAAGCGAAUCUCUGAAAAAUGGGAACACCAAGGACAAAUGGCUCCACGACUCAUUCCACAUCACUAUUUGAAGUAGGCUGCUCCAUAAUAAUAGGCUAUGGUAUUUUGCGCCAACGCUAGACUCAACCUUGUUACUCGAGUCAAUUCGCUUUUAUACAGAGUCGUGUCAGGCAUUCAGUUUUGCUGGCUUUUAGUCAAUAUUCCCAGUAAUUUUUCUAUAUAAAGAUAUGAAUAAAAGUUCAUAUUUAUUCUAUAAUACACAAAAAUGAGCUUCUUUUGGACAUAGAGGAUAUUGGACAUUUUAAUAGUAUAAUGCUGGUUGACUCAGUUUUACAUUUUUAUUUUCUUUGUUUUUACUUCACUCAUGUUUACAGUGACAAUAACCCUGAAUUCACAGGAAAUGGACCUUCUUGGCCAAUGCACUUGCACCAUUUUAUGGUAGCUGUUUGCAAAUUAAGUUUGGUGAUAGUUGAUUUCUGUCCUAUAUUGUGUUUUCAAGGUCACUACAGUGGAUGACCUCAAUCGGCAACAAUAUAAUUUGACAUUAAUAUUUAAUACCAGGGCCAUCACCCAGAAAUGGAAUUUGAAAAUGUGAAAAAGAUAAAUGCUGGAAACAUUCUCUUCAUGUUGAAACUGGAAAUACAGGGUAAAUAAGCAUGUGAUCACACGUGUCUUCCAAGUCAAGUGUGCUCCCCUUUACUCUGCUAUGCAGCUUUCCCAUCUCUAGUUUUUUUGGAAAGGCUCAGCCCAGGAAAUUUUAAGUAGGUAAGUUGCUGGUAUCCCAUGGAAGGCUUGUGCCCAUAAUCACUAUUCCUUUUAUUGCAAAGGUGGCUUCUGCUGCUUCUUCUGGUACUUGUCUUUAUGGAUUUGCCAUUUGGGCAAACUCCAAAAGAAGCUACUACGAAUGUGAUCCUCGCUGCGCACCUUUUACAAUACAUGGUGCUCCUAGGCUUGUGUCUUCCUCUAUAGCCGUUUGAAUCUAAUCUCAGCGGGAACUCUAUGCACUCUUGUUCAUCAGCUGCCUUCUCAGCUGCAUGGCUGCCUAUGAAGGGCAUGUCGAGGGCACGGUUGGGUACAAGGUGUCUCUGUCAAGAGUUGAACCGAGUGAAAACUGAUCCCCUACAUCAGUACGGUGGAGAACGUGUGGUAUGCUAACCAAAGAAUUGGCCUAAUGUGUACUGAAAACAUAAAAUGGUCUACAUGUAUUUUGAUGAUUGAACGCUUGCAGCACUUGCAUUAGUAAAUUAGUAUUUUAUUUUAUUUUAUUUUUAUUAUCGCUAGAGGCUGUUUCUAUGGAUGAGUUGUGGUGAGGAAAGUGUUAUUGCUCAAUGGCCACUGGUGCAAAAUCGAUCAAAGCGUACAUGCAACAAAGGUUCCUCGCAUUCUGAAUUGCCGGAAUGGAGAGGUGAGAAAUGUCCCGGUACAACCUCCAAGUCAUUAAAUAAACGUGAGCUGCAGCUAACGAUGACCUCGGUAGAAUUCUAUACUCCUUUCUACCUCUUGCUGUGUAUGCUGUGCAUUAAAAUGCAGAAUUAGUCUUUUUUUUUUUUUUUUUUUUUUUUUUUUUUUCACCCAUGCUUCAUUUUAUUUUUGUUGAAUGGAAGUCUCACUUCCUGUUUAAUAAGGCCUGCUUCCACAUCAGUCCGAGUAAAUUUGGAUGACCUGGACAAACCUGAUGCUGGAUUUCUUUGUACAACCUAAUGUCUACAAGCUUAAAAAAAUAACUGAAUACUGAUAUUAUCUGUCGCACUACACCCUCAAAUAUUGCAAAGCAUUGACCUUAGAACUGAAACACUGAUUUACAAAGUAUCACUGCGCUACGUAUAUCAUCAGCAGAAAGAUUUAGUACUUCCAGUGAAUUGUAUGUCUUCCAUUUUAUAUUUAUCAAAACGCUGUUGGAUUUAUCUCCAGCAAAAUUUCCAGCCGUUUCACUUUGUGCCUUUGAAAGCCAUGGUCUUUAACCUUGGCUGUUGAUGCAUUUUAUUUCUUUGUUUCAAUUUGACAAGUGAUAGCAGGUUGAUCUGGACAAUGUCUUCAAUUGUCAGCAUACUAAGACAAUUGAUUGCGCCCUGUUCAUCUUGCACUUCACAGGCAAAGGCACGAUGCAUAUUUCUGUGGGGUUUUGUGUUUUGCAUUUUCACCAGCAACUGUCUGUGAAAUUUAGCACUUCAUUAUUAUUAUUAUUAUUAUGACUAUGUUGUAUUAAUAACCAUCUUAUUUCCAUUGAUUGGAUGGAUAAGCCCCAUCCUGCUCGACUGUGUGAAGUGUAAAUGUUCCUAUUGAAGACAAAGCAAUGUUAAGAGAUGUAUUGCCACAGUCACUGUGUACCCUGUAUUACAUUGGAUCUAUAUCAGGCUCUGUAGUCUGUAAAUAGCAAUAUCUUUAUUUUUAUUUUUAUUUUCAAUCCAAGAGUCUAUUAAGAGGUUAGAGAGACAUAUUCCAAUGUUUUUCCCAUCCAAGUAAUGAUAUUCUUUUACAUAAUUUGUCCAAACAUACCAAUUUAAUUUUAAUUGUGAUUUGAAUUUAAAUCAUUUAAGUCAUUAAUGAUUGAUUGCUUUCAGAAGAGGACAGAUGUAAAAGAUGCUUAAUGAAAUGAGAGUAUUGGCAGUCUCGGUGUGUGACUGCUAGGCCUAUAUCUUCCACUUGAACAGUGUUUACAUUUACAUUUCCCCAAAUCAAAGCUGUGUUUGGUCUUCUCCAUUUCUCAAUUCUUUCACUGUAUGACCAUACUACUGUAUGAGUUUUUUUUUUUUUUUUUUUUUUUUU